CCCGGGCUGUCUCCGCCCCGGAAGGCGGCGGCCGCGCCAAUCGCCGGGGCUGUUGCUGGGCGGUGCGGGUGACAUUGGGCACGGCCAUGGUGGUGGCGGCGCUGGGCCGGGCGGCGGGCCGGCUGCUGCGGGCCGGGGCCGCCGUGCCCGGGCGGCGGCGCGCGGGCGGCGGGGUGCACAUCCCGCCGCGGUACCGGCAGUUCCCGGAGCUGACGCGGGCGCAGGUGAUCCGAGGCGAGCUGCUCAGCGGCUUCAUGUGGUUCUGGAUCCUCUGGCAGUUCUGGCACAACUCGGACAUGGUGCUGGGACACUUCCCGUAUCCCGACGCUUCGGCCUGGACGGACGAGGAGCUCGGCAUCCCUCCGGACGAUGAGGAAUAGCAGCACACCGGUUCCUGGAACUAACUGAGACUCCCGAAACCAAACCUUGGUCUCCUGGGUCCUUUUGUGAAUAAAUCUGUAAACAAAG